CGGCUGCGCGCUGCCUUCGCCGUUGCCGCUGACGCGACCUGACAAGGAAAAAGAGCAAGCUACUAGCUCGGCAGUGAAUAGUUUACACGGACUGAGUGUAGAGAUUUUUGAGAGGCGAGCAAGUACGCUAUCUGAGGACAUUCGGGGAUAAUUUUGGUUUGCGAUUUAACGAACCUCACCCGUAUGUGAUCGCCUUUCCUCGUCGCUGGACGCUGCCUUUGAGGGCCAAGGAACAAAAUAGACAUCGCCAUUAUAUGAUCCAGUGUCCAGCGUCACUUUUACCCUCCAUGUGGGUGAGGGAACUGUGUGUGUCAGAUUAUGGCGAGGAAAACAGUUAGCAGGAAAAGGAAGGCAGGAGAGCCCAAGGACCAACAACAGCUGGGUUGGUGUCAGGCGCCACACAAGCGAAGCCGUGUUUCUUGUUCUUCACGUCAUGCCCAGCAGUGGUGGUGCAGUCGGCGCUCUGUGGUAUGUGCUCUGCGGGGGCGGGAGUUCAGACCUCAACAACAGCAUGAGUUGCGGCUCCAGAGGAGCCUGCGUGGCUUUGCAGCCGGCAGGCUCCCCGGCAUUCUUAAGGAGAGGGAGUUUUCUCUCGGGCGGCUCAACAAAGUGUUUGCCUCACAGUGGCUCAAUCAUCGGCAGGUGGUGUGUGGGACAAAAUGCAACACGCUUUUUGUAGUUGAUGUACUGACAGGACAGAUCACACGCAUUCCCAUGCUGAAAGACAGGGAGUGUCGUGAUGGAGGCUCUGGGGAGGUGGGUCCAGUGGUGCCUGGUCGCAAUUAUCACUUAACAGAAAUCUCCCAUACCCGGUUGGACCAGCAAGGCUGUGGGAUCCACGCUAUUGAACUCAACCCCUCGAGGACACUGCUUGCCACAGGAGGAGACAAUCCUAACAGCCUGGCCAUCUACCAGCUCCCUACACUAGACCCUGUUUGUGUUGGCGAUGACGGUCACAAUGACUGGAUAUUCUCAAUAGCAUGGAUCAGUGACAACAUGGCAGUUUCUGGGUCCAGAGAUGGCUCCAUGGGACUGUGGGAGGUUACAGAAGAAGUAAUGAGCCAGGCUGAGAGGAGUCAAAAUGAGGAGACAGUGCCCUCCUAUGCCCACAUCUCCCACCGUGCCCUCAAGGACAUCCCCAAGGAGUACACCAACCCAUACAACUGUAAAGUCCGUGCUCUGGCCUUCAAUAACAACCAUAAAGAACUGGGUGCUGUUUCCUUAGAUGGCUAUUUCCACCUCUGGAAAGCUGAGCAUAACUUGUGCAAGAUACUGUCCACCAAGCUGCCUCAUUGCAAAGAAAAUGUGUGCCUGGCAUAUGGACAGGACUGGUCAGUGUAUGCUGUAGGCUCUCAAGCCCAUGUUUCUUUUCUGGAUCCACGGCAACCUACACACAGCAUCAAGUCAGUUAGUUCAAGAGAGAGAGGAAGUGGCAUCCGUUCAGUGAGUUUCUAUGAGCACAUCGUGACUGUGGGUACUGGCCAAGGUUCUCUUCUCUUCUAUGACAUCCGGGCUCAGAGAUUCCUGGAGAACCCUUUUAAUCCAAACGGAGGGUAUCGGAAGUGCCCUGGAGAUGGCAUCCUCAAACUCACUACGGGAAAAGGCUGGCUGAAUCACGAUGAGACGUGGAGGAGUUACUUCUCAGACAUUCAUUCCUUCCCCAAUGCAGUGUACACCCACUGCUAUGACGACUCUGGCACCAAGCUGUUUGUAGCAGGUGGACCGCUCUGUUCCGGCCUGCACGGCAACUACGCAGGAUUGUGGAGCUAGCCUCUUGUUCUCCCCCAUCACUUUGUCACUACAUCUUCGUCCAGAUCUUUACUCAUCCAGUCCCUCCAUCCCUCUUCAACUUCCAACCUUCUCUGUUUUCGGUGUACCUUUUGUCACCCUGUUUUGCUCACACUUGGACUCAGGAGCAUGAUAUUUUCUUCAUUGUAUCACGGCUUUCAGUAUUAUUGUUGUGUAUAUUUGUCCACCAUUCCACUGUUCUUUCUCCUUAAACGAUUCCUUUGCACUUCAGCUACUUUUUUUUUUGUUAUUUGUUAUUCUUUUGGGUUUUUUUAAUAUAAAUAUAUAUAUAAAAAUGUACAGACUAUUACUAAUUUUCAAUUGCUGCAAGGUCUGCCACUGAGGACGUCAGAAGAGUUCUGGAAAACAAUAAGAAUAAAGUUCUCAUCGUCUAAAAGAUUUACAUUCAACCUGCAGGGAUUAGGCUGUGGUCUUUUGCUGGUUUGUUUUUGUACAUACAGAUGGCAUUUUACCACUUUCUCUGUGAAAAAUGACCAUGUCUUUAAACAGACAGCAAUAAGAGAGAGGGUGAAGGGUUGGAGAGACUAUUAAUUUAAAUGGACUGAACUAGAGACCUGUUUGAUGUCGGAACAGCCCACAACAAUCACAAAGAACUUCUCCAGUCAGAAGUAUAAAAGAAGGAUCCAAUCAAAGUGGGAUUGUGUGUUCAUCUUAUCCUCGCUGAGAUGAUGUAAAGGAGAUAUGUUCAAGCUUGCUGAAUGCAGUGUUGUUCUGUUAGGGGGAAAAAAAAGGGCAUAUUUAAUUUUUUGGACUGUGUGAUUAGACCAGCACAUCCCUGCUGAUAUUCUGAUUUGCUUUGUAUUUAUUUUUCCCUUUUUUUUUUUUUUUUUUUUGUUUGUUUUGUUUUGU